AUGGAUAGUCAAGCAAGUUGUAGAGUCAUUAGCCUUGAGGAGGACAUAAUAUGGGCGAUGAAACAGAGACACGAGUGCAUGAGAAGGAUCAACUCGGACAUAGUUCUACCAAGUAUAAAACCUCCCAGCCAUGCAAGUCUGGUUAAGUAUCAAAAGGAGUCGAUCACCCAAACGAUGGCGUCCAUGCUCUCCAACCAGGUCAUACUAAACCUCCAAAACUACACCCCUCAACAACUCCACGGUUGUCUACUCUCGGGAAAGAUAUCAGGCUCGAUGGAACUCUUGGAUUUUUACGAGAAGAAAGGAAAGAGUUGCGCCCAUCAGAUGACCAAAACUUUAGACCGAUUCGUCGGAUCCAUCCUGCAAGAGAUCAUGGCGUUUGAGGGGGACAUCUUGGCAGUGACUCCAGAUUCGUUCCUGGCCCUUUGGAAAUCCAGCAGUAUCGCGUCGUUGAAGUAUCAGGUCCAUUCGGCCAUCAACUGUGCUCUCGUCUUACAAAAAAAAUUCAGCAAAUUUACGUUGAAUGAUAUUUAUCCUCUUGAUUUUGCAGUGAAACUGACCUUAACCGCAGGGUCUCUUACGUUUUCGGUGUUGAGUAACCCUGUUGAGAAUUUUUCUUAUGUUUACUUCGGUCAACCGUUGGACGAACUGGAGGUUGCCGAACAGAAAACCUCUUCCGGGGAUAUAAUUGUAGCUCUUUCUGCUUGGAAACAGGUCAACGCCUCUGAGUUUUCCUCGGUGCAACUGCCAGGUUCGGAUUAUCACAAGAUAUUGGGAGUGGGAUUGCAGUGGACUUACGCUGGGAAAGAAGUCCUGAUGAACAGGGACAGCAUCUACGAAAACGCCGACAAACCGAACCUGUCCGAAGAGAGUCUGGUCCAGGACUCCGAAUUCACCCUCCUCCUGCGUACCGAGGACUUUUCCCUAAGGCCGAUCGUAACCAACCUGGUGAACCGUCGCGACGACCUCGCCAAGUUCCUGAUCCAACCGGUGCUGGGCGUCCUGAACAACGACGAACCACUCGCCAGCCUCGAGGAGAUGAGGCAGGUGGUCGUGAUGCAUCUCAACGUCAAGAUGGAUAAGAUCCGGUUGGAGGUCGUCAACCAGUACUACAAGAUCGUGUGCAACAAGGCCAAGGAGUUCAAGGGAUUGGUGGAGAAAUGCUCGGCGUGUCGGGGGACCGUGUCUUUCGUCGUGAUGUUCGGCAUGAGGGGAUUCACGACUGUUGAUGAAUCCCAGGACGCUUUACUGUGCGCCGUGAGGUGUCACCACGAUCUGGACCUCUUCGACGAGGCUCAGGCGGUGUCCAUAGGUUGCUCCACCGGUAAAUGUUACUGCGCAGUGUUGGGCCACGUCCUUCGCAAGGAUUACGUGGUGUACGGCAGGUGCUUGUACAAGUCGCGACAGAUGGCGUCUGCCUACCCCGGCCGGGUGACCUGCGACAGAUCGACCUUCAUCUACAGCAAUCUGCAGUCCGAAAACUUCACGUUGUUGCCUCGAGGCAAGAGAAAGACGGACAUAGGUCCCAUCUACGAGUAUAAAGAAGAUAAGGAAGUGUCGAUUUCCAACAUAGACCUCCACGUGCUUCCCUUGUUGGGUAGGGACGACGAGAUCCAGACCUUCCUGAAGUUCUUCGAGGUGUACCUCAGGAAUUUCGGGAUCAAACCUUGUUGCAACUUGGCCAGAUGCUCCUUCAAGAACUGCCUGAUCUUCGACGGCGUGUACAGACAGGGCAAGAGCAGGCUGCUGCAGGAACUGCCCAGUAGGGUGCCGGAGGGAGACGUGCAGAUGAUUAAAUUCUACGAGAACGAUACCAUGAGCGGCUACCACGGCGUCAGGCAGAUGUUGAGGAUGACCCUGGGUUUCGGGAAUUACACCGCGGAGUAUUUCCGCAGGAGGAAGAUCAGGGAGAAGAUGGACGCUGACGCGACGGAGAACACGCUCUACGUCCUCAACGACGUGUUCGACGUCAAUUUCGAGGCGCCCACGAAGAAGAAGCCCUUCAAGAAGCAGAUGAGCCAGCUGAGGGAGGAGAGCAUAAAGAUACUAUGUAACAAGUGCUUCGAAAGGCCCACCCUCCUCCUGAUGGACAACGCGGAUUUAAUGGACGAGGAGUCCUGGAACCUGCUCCUGCCGAUGCUGGAGACAAAGCGUUUCUUCGUGGUGGCCACCAUGGAUAGGACGAGGAAGGAUCUGGGGAAUCUGGAGGUCGUGCUGGAGUCCCUGGAGAGUCACCACGUGGAGAAGAUCUUCCUGCGGAGGAUACCUCAGGUGUACAUAGCCGGCUUGAUCUGUCAGAUGCUGAAGGUAUACGCCGUGCCGGCCGACCUCGAGAAGGUUAUUCAGUCGAACAGCAGGGGUAAUCCAGGAUGGAUUGAGAAUUUCUUAUUGAUACUGCAACAGACGAGGAAGAUUACAAUUUCCAGGGCCGAUUUCAAGACCAUACGGGAAAAGUCUUUGGUAACCCCACCUCUAUACAUGCUCAAAAGGUUAUCGCCGGACUCUGUCCGUUACUACAAGUCGCUGCUGGAGGAACGCACCACCUACCCCUCCGAAGUGAUCGAUCCGUGGGAGGUGUACAUAGACAGCUGUCGGGACGUGUUCAGGGACGUGGACGUCAGGAGCGGCAUGCAGGAGAUCUUCUGCAGGGAGACGACGGUGCCGGUGUGCCUCCUCGCUGCAGGCUUCGAUCCGAAGGCUGACGUCGAUCCCAACGUGACCGACGACCUCGACUUCCUCCAGCUGUACGAUCGGCUCACGUACCAAGAGCAGCUGAUGCUGAGGUGCGCCUCGGUGCUCGGCGAUCCCUUCACCAGACGGCUGCUCUUCUUCAUCUGGAUGCCGGACCACGAGAGGGACGCGGCCGAAGUCGUCCAGAACCUGUUCGAGAAGGGCGUCAUCUGCUGCGCCAGGGGGGAUUUCAGCACCGGCGGCGACUACAUCCUGAUCAGGGACAAAUCCGAUCCGAACGAGCAGAGGUUCGUCGACUGUCACUGCGUCGGCCUGGACAUGCACGACAGCUGCCUGUUCAUGCCGAAGUACGCGUCGUGCGGCUUCAUGCGCUUCAAAUCUGGCCAUUUCGCCAGCACCACCUACGACCUGAUACCGGAGGAGGACAGGAAGGAGCUCCAUUCCAGGGCGGCCAAGUUCAUACAGAAGGAGACCAGGCGGUGCGUGUCGUGCGGAUGCGGCUACUUUCCGGUCCAGUUCGGAUGCAAGAUGGACAGCAGCGCGCUGGGCAGGGUGCAGAUCGAGGACGACAGGAAGAAGAAAUCGGUCCAGCUCGAGCACAUGGACUUCAACGAGCUGUACGACUACUCGACUCACUCCCCUGGCCGGAUGACCAUCUCCAGAUCGUUGGAGAAGGGGAGCAGACCCACCCUCUCCCUCAAUUUCAGGAACACGAAGAGCUUCACGAUGAGCUCGAACAGCGAGGACAGGUUCAUCGAUCUGACCUACGAGGAUAAACACGGUAAGACGUUGAAUUACGUGAACCCCUUGACCUUGCUGAAGCUGAGGAAGAGGGCCUCCUUGGUGCGGACGUUCUCGAAGUCUGAUUUCCUCUCUUGCGACUGCCAUCUCAUCCUGAACCACAUGUAUAAGAGAUUGAAGCACCAUUACAGGGGUUCUGAACAAUGGCACCAAAUGAUCGUGACGUGCAUACAUUACGUGAGGAUCUCCAUGGCCAACAAGAACUUCGCAUCCGCCUUGGGCACCAUCAAAGAAGCCCUGGAUAUGUUGGAAAACGAGAGCCACAUCCUUCAAGAUCCCCAAUGGAAGAUCAAGAUGCUCAUCGCUAAAUUUUACUGUCUGAAAGGCGACGUCCUCUUGGAACUGGACCAGGUCGACGAGGCGCAGAAGAUCUUCAUCAAGGCCAUGAAAUCUUUCGGACUAUCGUUUCCGGAUACGGAGGGGACCCUGAGGUUCAACCUGAAGCUCUUGCAGCAGAAGUGGAAGCAGAAACUACGUCUGUAUUUCGUCCCAGGUACCUUCUUGAACGACGAGAACGACAUCAGCCAGCUGUACAUAUCCAACAGUAUCGCGGAGACUUUAACGCACCUCUGCAGGAUAUACAUGGCCAAAGGUCAGUGGAGGUUCGCCGAACUGGCUGCGGUGAUGAGCCUGAAGAACAGCCUUCAGACCGAGACGAACCUUAUCAGGAUAUGCGAGGCUUUCUCCAACAUGAUGUUGGUGGCUCAACACUUCAAUAACAGGUUGUUGUGGAUGAGUCUCGAGGUCCACGCCCUCAGGUACUGUCACAAGAAGAGGAACUUUGUCGAAGCCCCCGAACUCAGGGCUAUAUCCCUCCUGUACACCACCAUUUUCGAGGCGAGGAUGUCGAGGGCGGAGUUCGAGGCGGCCCUUCACGUGGGCUACAUAGCCGUGAGCAUAGCCACCAAGUGCAACGAGACGUCCAUCACCAUCCGGCUGUUCACCAUGAUCUCCGCCAUACUCUUCGACAAGAUGAUCCUGAACGACGCCACCAUAAUACUGCGGGAAUUGGAGUUUUUCGCCGACGAACUGGACAACAAUUCAGGUAGGACUUGGUACCUCGCCCUGGCCGUGUCCUUCCACCUGGAGACCGGUUACAUCCUCUGUCCGUUCAGCACGGUCGAGCUGUUUUACCACAGCGAAGGUUGCAAGGUCGGCGACAAGUACCUGGAGGCCAAGAUGAGGCUGAUAGUCACCAUGUGGGUGUGGUACCUCAGGAACCACCAGUGGGAGAACGCGUCCAUGUUGGAGAAGGAACUGAGGAAGUAUGGACGACGAAAGAUCGACAGUAAUAACCACGCCAUCACCUUCCUCUACCUGCUGGAGGGGACCCUCUUGAGCCUGGUGUACAGGAUCAACAGGAGGAGCAUCACCGGGAUGGCCGACGAGAGGAGGGAGGUGGAGAGGUUGCUGAAGAAGUUGCGUCAGGAGGCGCGAUCUCGACUCUGCAUCAAGGCCAAGUUGUACCUUUUGAAGGCGUACUAUUCGUACAUCCUGGAGAACGUGGACGAUACGAAGAAGUUCCUGAGGAAAUCCAGGAAGUUGUGCGCGAUCCACGAGAACAACAUGGUUCUCCUCCUGUUGGAGCAUUCUGAAAAGGCCUGGAACAACGAACUGUCGACAGCGACCCGGGAUUUCUGGAGGAACCACUGCCAGGCCGACACUUACAUAUCCUACCACGAGAUCCAGUUCGACAACCUCAAGAUCUAUUGCUUCACCUACCCCAAGCCCCUGUUCCGCAUAUGA